AUGAGCUACUCCGAUACCCAAGAUAAACCAGAGCGUCGUAGUCUUGUAUGCAGAGAUACGAAUGAGACCAAAAUCCAAAUUGCCAUGUCUUUAAAUGGAGGACAUGUCGAAAUCAAGAACUCGUUGUUUCCAGACAAGAUAACAGAGGAUGUGGCAACCCAGGCGACGAGCUCGCAAGUCAUCGAUAUACACACUGGUGUGGGAUUUCUUGACCAUAUGAUUCAUGCCUUGGCCAAACAUUCUGGCUGGUCCUUGAUUGUCGAAUGUAUAGGAGACUUGCACAUCGAUGACCACCACACAACUGAGGACUGCGGCAUUGCUCUUGGUCAAGCAUUCAAAGAAGCUAUGGGUGCAGUGCGCGGUGUCAAGAGAUUUGGAUGUGGGUUUGCACCUCUCGACGAAGCACUUUCGAGAGCAGUGGUAGAUUUGUCGAAUAGGCCUUUCGCAGUCAUUGAUUUAGGCUUGAAAAGAGAGAAAAUUGGCGAUUUAUCAACAGAGAUGAUUCCACACUUUCUAGAAAGUUUUGCCGAGGCCGCUAGAAUCACCUUACAUGUCGACUGUCUGAGAGGGUUCAACGACCACCACAGAAGCGAAAGCGCCUUCAAAGCGUUAGCCGUGGCCUUGAGAGAAUCCCUCUCUAGCAACGGUACAAAUGAUGUUCCUUCAACAAAAGGUGUGCUGAUGUAA